AUGCCUCGCAUCCGCAAGCUGCAGUACGGCGGGGCGUCUCGCAAGCUGGGCGAUUGUUUCACGGUGCUUCUGUCCGGCGUAUCAGGCGAGUGCCUAGCCGGCGAGAUGGGCUGCUGCGGCGACAGCUGUUGCUCCUCGGCGGUCGUCUCCCGAGCUCUUGCUGAGUACUGUCAGCACAGCGACGCGGCCCGUGAGGCCUUUGUCGCAGCUAAGGGUCUCGACGCUUUGCAGAUGGCACUAACGCGCGGCAGCCCUUCCGUUGCAACCGCCGCGGCCCGGGUGCUGGGGGCAUUAUGCAGCACCUCCCAUGGCCUCCGCUGCGUCCUGCGGUGGCAGAGCAGGGGCAUCAGCAGCGGAGGCGGAGGCGACUUGCUCUCUAGGGUGGCGGCUAUAUCAGGCCAGGUGGAGCUCCCGCCCGACCUCCGAGCUGAGUGCGUGGACGUGCUCCGCUGCGUGCUGGGCUCCAUACACGGCCCGGCAGCGGGCAGUGGAAUGGACUUAGCAGGCGUGCUGCAGACUCCCCUCAACAGCAGUGCUGUGGAGACCCCUGGCAUCAGCGGCUGCGGUAUCGCCCUGGCGACUGAUAGCUUCAUCGUCCACGUCGCGUUGCCGCCGCUGCUCAGCGACAACGCGCACCUACGGGCUGCUGCAGCCCGCCUGGUCGCCGCCGCUGCGGAAGAAGGUCUGCUGGCUGGGGGAGCCGCCGCUGCCGCCGCCAGCCUAUCGGCAGCCCUCCACCUUGUCCAAACCAGCGGCAGCCGGGAUGACAGACGCGCAGAAGUCCACACGUCGCUUUCUGGUGUCGCCACCUGCGGCGGCGGCGGCGGCGGCGGCGACAGAGGCAGCGAGGGGGCCGGCAGGAGCGGCACGGAGUCCAACGCUGGGCCCAACCCAGUACCCCAGGAUUGGCGCCCCGUGUUGGCGCUGUGUGAGCUGGUGGCGGCACUCCUGGGCAGCUCCGAGGGUGCCGAGCUGCUGGUAGCGCUGCGGGCGCCGGCCCAUGUGCUGGCGCUGUGUCGGGAAGUCUUGACGGGAACUGCGGGAGGCGCUGGUGAUGGUUGCCAGCGCCUUAACGGUAGCAGCGCUGGCGACUUGGCCGGGACAAGGGAGGCGUUGCUGGACGCUGUGCUGCUGUGCGCACGUGAUGGGCAGUACAACUUGUGGACGGGGAAAGACGAGACCCACCAACGGGAGAGGCGGGUCUUUGUGGCCGGUGCGGCAAAACUUGCAGCCCUGCUGCUGCGCCCAAGCUUGGCUGGCAGCAGCAGUAGCGACACCAAAGCUACGCCCGGUGCUGACACGGAUGCAGUAGCACAGGGCAGCUGCGGUGCGGCGCGCGGUUCCCUGCUUGGGCUUCGGGACGCGGCGUUGCCUCCGGCAUAUACUUUGACAAGCACGGCGGCGGCGCUGGCCUCCGCCCUUGCGUCUUGGCCGGCGGAGGUGCUUCAACACCGGGAGCUCGCGGAGCCACUACAUGGUUUGCUGUGCAGCCUGAGCGACGCGGUGCGGAUUCUGCUGGGCAGCGGUCAUCAUGGAGGGGUCGACAGAAGGGUAGAUGCGGACAACGCCGCCGCCAGCGUCAUGUGGCAGCUUCCAUGUAGCGGACAGGCUGUGGGAUCCUGCCCGGAUUGGGACCCGGGCUGGCCGGAAGUGCCGCCACAUCGGAACAUGUCUUCGUGGGGAUUGGGAAAUGGUGGCGGUUGUAAAGGCGGGUUCAUCUGGCAUAGCGGUAGCAGCGGCAAUACCCUGGUUCAAGCCUCCACUAGGCUGCGCGUUGCCUCUGCGGCCGCAGCCGCGGCGGUACGUCUUUACGGUGCAGUGUGUGGAGGAGAAGAGACUCUGCAUGAGAUCGCAAGGAGCUCUGUGACCAGUGUUGCAGGCAAGGAGGAGCUCCAGGAUAUCCGCAGCCACCUGAAGGCUAACGAGGAGUCAGCAGUUACAGCAGUGGUUGCGCAGUGUCUGAGCCGAGUGCUGGAGGCAUCACAUGACGGUAAUGCGGCAGUGACCAUGUUGACCCCCUCUCUGGAGGCCCUACUUGAACUUCCGACUGUUUUGCUCAAGUGCCUUGCUGCAGCUCGUACAGCUACGACCUCAGACGGUUGUGUGAAUAGAGUCUCCAGUGGCUUCUCACUUGUUGGUUUGGGCCUAGCGGCGGCAAGGCUGGCGGAACACAUACUUCAAGUAUCCGACGGCAACACAACAGCCGACAGCCUGGACACUCCCAGCCUGGAUUGUUCGUCUACUUGGUAUUGCGGUGGCAGCAAACCAGCCAUUACGAACCAUGCUCGCCAAAAUCGGCCGGCAACUCAUGUGGGCCGAUGCAGUUCUGAGCAGCACGUAGCGCUGCUAACAGCCUUGCGAGUUUGGAGCAGAGCAAUGGAGCUCAAUCCUGACUGUACAUGCAGACUGCAAGAGGGGAGUUUUGAGGAAGGGUCAGAGCACGCUGCAGCCACCUGCGACGCGUGCAACGUGCGACCCAUUGGUUUCUUGUCGAAGUUUGUGGGAGCGAUGGAG